AUGUUGAAGCCUCAAAUCAACAACUACUCUCACUCUCACCAAAACCUACUUCCACUCCAUAAACCUUUCGUUGGCGGUGAUGCCACCGGCCAUUCCUCCUCCACCGCCUACUCCCCCACCAUUCUCCGCCAGCCGACAUCCACCAAGAAAUCCAAUUCCCGAUCAUCCACUUCAGCUGCUGGUGGCAGCAUUAUUAAAGCCAUAUCAAUUCCAGCAUUCCUUAGCAAGGCCACCACUGUGAAGGGUGUCAUCACCAUCCAACCAACCAUUAGUUCCGCCCUCGAAGGUGUAGGCGUUGGUGGCGCCGUUGAUGUCGUCUCCGACCUUCUUGGACGGUCCAUCAUGCUGGAGCUUGUUUCAAAUGACCUUGAUUCAAAAGGAAAUCUAAAGACGGUGAAGGCAUAUGCAAGAUACGUUGCAUUGGAUUUCAACAUUAAUGUAUACACAUACAAAUGCGACUUCGACGUCCCUGAAGAUUUUGGGGAGAUAGGGGCUGUGUUGGUUGAGAAUGAGUACAGUAAGAAGAUGUUCUUCAAGACUAUUGUGCUUAACAAUGAUGUCACCUUCACUUGUGACUCUUGGGUUCAUUCCAAGUUUGAUAACCCGGAGAAAAGAAUCUUCUUUACCAACAAGUCUUACCUUCCGUCGGAAACACCAAAGGCACUCUUGCAAUUGAGAGCGAAAGAUCUAGAAUCUCUUCGAGGUAACGGCCAAGGAGAGCGUAAAUCUUUUGAGAGGAUUUACGAUUAUGACGUGUACAAUGAUCUUGGAGCUCCUGAUCUGAGCGUCAGUUUGGCACGGCCGGUGCUCGGUGGUGAGCAACAUCCUUAUCCUAGACGCUGUCGCACUGGUCGCAAAAUGUCCUCUAAAGAUCCAUUGACGGAAACAAGAACUCUGCUCCCGUUUUAUGUACCAAGGGAUGAAGAUUUUUCUGAGAUAAAAGAGGUAGAAUUUGGAGCGAGGGCUUUGUACUCGGUGCUACAUGGAGUUGUACCAAUUCUAGACUCGAUUACCACUGACAAGGACAAGGGAUUUCCGUUAUUCACCAACAUAGACUUGCUUUACAACGAAGGUGUUAACGUUCCCGCCCCUGACAAAAAUCUUCUUACUGUUUUACCUAGACUUGUGAAAGGAGCUUCUGAUACGGCAAAUACUGUUAUCAAGUUUGAGACCCCUGAAACCAUGGAUAGGGACACGUUCUCAUGGUUUCGUGAUGAGGAAUUUUGUCGACAAAUGCUUGCUGGUCUCAAUCCAUAUAGCAUACAGCUAGUGACGGAAUGGCCAUUGAUGAGUAAGUUGGAUCCUGAAGUUUACGGACCAGCUGAAUCUGCAAUCACCAAGGAAAUUGUUGAGGAAGAGAUUAGAGGAUUCAUGACUCUGGAGGAGGCUUUGGCACAAAAGAAGUUGUUCAUGCUGGAUUACCAUGAUUUGUUGUUGCCGUAUGUAAAUAAAACCAACGAGCUAAAAGGGAGAACUCUUUACGGUUCAAGGACAUUAAUGUUCCUUACUCCUGCCGGCACAUUGAGGCCGCUAGCCAUAGAGUUGACUCGCCCACCAAGUGAUGGUAAACCACAAUGGAAACAUGUGUACACGCCAAGUUGGGAUGCUACUGGUGCUUGGCUCUGGAAGCUAGCCAAGGCUCAUGUCCUUGCUCAUGAUUCCGGCUAUCACCAGCUUGUCAGCCACUGGCUAAGAACUCAUUGUGUUACAGAGCCUUACAUAAUUGCAACCAAUCGACAUCUUAGCCAGAUGCAUCCUAUUCAACGACUGCUCAUCCCUCAUUUCCGGUACACAAUGCAAAUCAAUGCUUUAGCUCGACUAGCUCUCAUUAACGCCGGUGGUAUUAUAGAGUCAACAUUCUCUCCUGGAAAGUAUUGUAUGCAACUCUGCUCUGAUGCAUAUGAUCAAUUGUGGCGUUUUGAUCACGAGGCACUUCCAGCUGAUUUAAUCAGCAGGGGCAUGGCUGUUGAAGAUCCGUCUGCACCACAUGGCAUAAAACUAGCAAUCGAAGACUAUCCCUUUGCAAACGAUGGUCUUCUUGUUUUUGAUGCCAUCAAACAAUGGGCAACUUCUUACGUCAACCACUACUACCCACAAGCGAAUAAAGUGGAGUCUGAUGAAGAGCUUCAAGCAUGGUGGGAUGAAAUUCGCACGGUUGGACAUGGAGACAAGAAAGACGAACCGUGGUGGCCACAACUCAAAACACAAGAUGAUUUAAUUGAAAUUGUGUCCACCAUCAUGUGGGUGACAUCUGGGCAUCAUUCUGCAGUUAACUUUGGUCAAUACGAUUUUGCUGGGUAUUUCCCAAACAGGCCAACCAUUUCCAGAACCAAAAUGCCCGACGAUGAACCAACAGAGGAAGAGUGGCAGUCAUUCAUAAAACGACCUGAGAACGCAUUGUUAGAAUGUUUCCCUUCCCAAAUCCAAGCUACCCAAGUUAUGUCUGUUUUAGAUGUGCUGUCAAGUCACUCACCUGAUGAGGAGUACAUUGGUAAAAAUAUUGAGGCCGCGUGGGAGGCAGAGCCUGCAAUAAAAGCAGCAUUUGAGAAGUUCCGAAGUAGAUUGAAUGAGCUAGAAGGCAUUAUAGACUCGAGGAACGCCGAUCUUAAUUUGAAGAACCGAAGUGGUGCAGGGUUGGUUCCAUACCAGCUUCUCAAGCCUUAUUCCGGAAAGGGGGUUACCGGAAUGGGUGUUCCAAACAGCAUAUCCAUCUAGUUAGUUAAUUUAAUUGUUUGGCUUAAUUUGGUCCAAUAUCAUUAGUCGAAUAAUUGUCAAGAUUUGUCUGGUAAUCAAUAAGGUAAUCACUCCAUGGUUGUGUUGUCUUUAUUUUAUCUGUUGGAAUAAGUUCAUUUUCUUUUUUAAAUUGAAUAAUAAGAUCAUCUUAUGUUUGUUUUAUCAA